GGCUCCCUCUUUAUAGUUAGCAACGCCUCUGUCCCUCCUCCCUCUCUCAUCUCAUGCAUUAGCUUCCUCACCCAUUUGCCCAUAUAUAACCCGCCAAGCUCGACAAUCUGUGCAACCCAAUCUCACCUUCUUCUUCUCCCUCUUCUUCGGACCAUUCUUUUUUCCUUUUUCCUUCUCGUUUUUGGUUUUUCUUGCGUUUAUAUCGUGAAAGCCGAAAAGCAUAGCCAUGGUGGUUCUAUCACAGACAGCAUUAGACCAUUACUCUUCAAUGAAAACAUGCAAGCCUACUAAUGGCUUAUUUACUGGAAUUCCAGUUAUAGACUUAAAAGACCCAGAAGCCAAAACACGCAUAGUUGAAGCUUGUCAGGAGUUUGGGUUUUUCAAAUUGGUCAAUCAUGGAGUCCCAUUUGAGUUCAUGACCAGAUUAGAAUAUCUGGCUAUGAAUUUCUUUAAUCUUCCUCAGUCAGAGAAAGACAAAGCAGGGCCGCCUGACCCUUUUGGAUAUGGCAACAAAAGAAUUGGCCCAAAUGGUGAUGUUGGUUGGAUUGAAUACCUCCUCCUUAAUACAAAUCCUCAAGUCAACUGUAAUAAAACUCUCUCCAUUUUCCAAGAAAACCCACAAAAUUUCCGUUCUGCAGUGGAAGAUUAUAUAUUGGAAGUAAAAAGAAUGACAUAUGAAGUAUUGGAACUGAUGGCAGACGGAUUAGGGAUUGAACCAAGAAAUGUGUUGAGUAAGCUGGUAAGCGAUGAGAAGAGCGAUUCAUGUUUCAGGCUAAAUUACUAUCCGCCAUGCCCGGAGCUUCAAGCAUUGAGUGGUAGAAACUUGAUUGGGUUUGGGGAGCACACAGACCCACAGAUAAUUUCUGUCUUAAGAUCUAACAACACAACUGGCCUGCAAAUCUGUCUGAGAGAUGGGACUUGGGUUUCAGUCCCACCUGAUCAGACCUCUUUUUUCAUCAAUAUUGGUGAUGCCUUGCAGGUAAUGACUAAUGGAAGGUUUAGGAGCGUGAAACACAGAGUUUUGGCUGACAAUAUGAAAUCAAGAAUUUCUAUGAUCUACUUUGGUGGUCCACCUUUAAGUGAAAAGAUUGCUCCUUUUCCUUCUCUUUUGGCAGAAGGUGAAGAAAGCUUAUAUGAGCAGUUUACAUGGUAUGAAUACAAAAGCUCAGCUUACAAGUCAAGGUUGGCUGAUUACAGGCUUGGCCUAUUUGAAAAGAAAAUGCAGGCUAUUUUAGCUAAUAUCUAGGGGUUUUUUUGUUUUUUUUUUUAAAUCAAUGCUCAAAAUAGGUUUGGAAAGAGUUUACUCAACUUCCCAUAGAUGGAAAGCAUAUAGGUUGUUCUUUUUUUACUUUGUUUUUGUUUUUGUUUUGUAUUGUGAAUUUUUUUUUUUUUUAUUGCAUCUUUCUUUUGUUUUAAAUGUAACAGCAACUGCUUCUCUGCCAUUAAUGCAAGUUUAUCGUCA